CGGGUCACCCGGGCCAUGCGCUUGCCUGGGCGCCCGCUGCUCCUGGUGCUGCUGCUGUUGCUGCUGGGCGCGGUGGGAGACCAGGGCCUUACACAGCCCCGGGGGCCCGCGGACCGGCAGACACUGUUGACGUUGCUUGUGGAGCUGGUCCCGGAGCUGAAGAAAUUCCAAACAGGCGAUUCCAAGAGGCUGCAGCUUCUUGGCCAGCGGGACUUCGCUUUUGGCCGCAGGGAGGUCAUGGACUAUGGGGCAGACCCAGAGGAGCAGAGAGUGGAGAUUGUUCCUCGAGAUCUAAGGAUGAAGGACAAGUUUCUGAAACAUCUCACAGGUCCUCUUUAUUUCAGUCCGAAGUGCAGCAAGCACUUUCACAGACUUUACCACAACACACGAGACUGCACCAUCCCUGCAUACUAUAAAAGAUGUGCCAGGCUACUUACCCGGCUGGCUAUCAGUCCAAUGUGCAUGGAGGGAUAA